AUGUUUGAGGUCUUUGCCGGAGAAAUCUCUUUCCUCAACAUCUUGUCGUUAUGCGCCUUCUUCACAACCGUUGGUUUAUUCUUCUGCGGAAUGUAAGUUUUAUCAUUUUUUUUACAAAUCUUUGACUAAUUUUGAAAACUGUUAUCUAAUUAGAUGAGAUUUAUUACAUAAUACUUUUUUAUUUCCUUAUCGCUAUACUUGUAUACCUAAAUUUCUAAUAUUUUCUAGUCCAAUCUGCCGUCAGAUCUGGAAGAGAAAGGACACGGCCGAGAUUAGCGGGGCCCCUUUCUUGAUGGGCGUGUUGGGAGGAUUCUGCUGGAUGACCUACGGCUACCUCAAGAACGACACGACUGUAAAAUACGUGACCAGCGCUCAGGUGGUCCUCUACUCGAUCUACACGGUCUACUACUUCUGUAUGACCAAGAAGAAGUUGUGGAUCAGUGUCCAAAUCGCUGCUCUUCUGGUCACAUGCACUGCUCUCUUCUCGUCGGUCUACUUCUUCGGCAUGAAGGUAUUCCACCCUCUUGGAGUUGUGUGUUUGACUCUCAACAUCGGUGACUUCGCGGCUCCUUUGGCUGGGCUUCGUGUUGUCAUUCGUCGAGGCGCCACUUCCACUUUGCCUUUGCCUCUUUGCAUCGCUAACUUCCUUGUCUCAACCGAAUGGUUCAUCUACGGUCUUCUUAAAUGGGACUUCUAUCUUAUUGUAAGUUUUGCGCAAAUUUUUAUUACCUAAAGUACAGGUUGUACCAGGUGCACAAAAUUGGUACACCCUGUAUAAUAUAUUUAUUGUUAAAAUUACUUAACUCUUUGGUUUUUUUCAGUUCCCCAAUGGCGUUGGAUCAUUUCUGGCCUUCUGUCAACUGAUCUUAUUCAUUGUGCUCCCCAGAAAACCCAAGCAACGCGCUCCAAUCGUCAAGCUCUUCUAUUACAUCAAGAGAUGCGGCGCCCCAACAGAGACUGAUAUCGAGACUUCGGCCGUGGUUCCACAAGAAAAAGAUAUCGAGACCACACUCAGCAAACGCUGGUCCAAAAGAUUGGCUGCUUCAAUGGCCAGUGUCACCAGCGAAAUCGAAGAUGCCAUGUCCAAGGUCCAAAUGGGAGGCCAAUUCGGAUAUUCGGCCAAGUUGAAUACAGUCGAGGAUAUCCCCAGCGAUACCGCCACUCUUGAUUCGGCCGUUGUCACGCCUUCUGGUGACAACAAGGACGUCAAAUUCCCCAUGACGAUCACCAGUGAGGAACAGCUGAUUGAAUUGAGCAAGAUCCUCAUGAAGAAACUUAAUCCAACGGAAGAGAGUAAAGAAGUGGACCGAGCCCCAUUGCCUGAGAACUUUGAACAGAAUCCUCAACCCAGUGGAACAAUGACCGCGUCCUCGAGUAGUUCUCGACUGGAACGUUCUCGAAGCGAGCCCAGCAUCAACAAACAAUGA